UUGGGCUUUCCAGUUGCAUCAAGAUCGCUGUACUAGGCAGUCACGCAUUUUCUUUCUUAAAAAUUUAUAACGUGAAUACAUCUACAACAUACAACAAUAGACGACAAAAAAACUAAUGGGAGAUUAGUGAUUACUUCAAGCCAUUGAUGAAUGACUGGUGAAUGAAACUGUUGGAUUUUAGUGACAUUUACGAAAUACCAAGGAAAUAAUUGGAGGAAAAAAUACUUGUGUUUGUAAAUUGGAGCACUUUGUGCUCAAAGGGACGGGGCCUUACCUGUGAGCUCGCUUACACGUGUGUUGUUCACCCCAGUGAGGCCUCCGGGUAUUUUCAACUGGUCGAAUUUGUGUAUUUCCAGAUCGAAGGUGAAGCUACAGCAAAAUGACAACCAACGGUGAGGUUUGGGUUCAAUGGUUUACGUGUUGCUUAACCCAACAAGGCCCAGGAGCAAGGAAUAAACGACAGAGGCCCCAGCACAGAUUGAGGAUAGACCGCAGCAUGAUUGGUGCCCCGACGAAUUUUCAACACACCAGUCACAUUGGCAGUGGUGAUCUCGACAUGUCUAGAGCCCACUUAAACGCCAUUCAAACCCAGAUGCAGGGAAAGGGCGGCUACGAGGCGUCUUUCGGUGUUAAGGCCUGCUGAGACACAGUCGCCCCGAGGGUUCUCGAGACGGACUUGUGAGGCCUUCGGACGAUGGUGAAUUUACGAUGCAACUCUCGUUUUGUAAAUACUAAUCCACGGAAAUUUCAUAGGCAUGCAUGCGAGAAAGAGACUGUCUUCAAUAUUUAAAAAACAGUUGGUUUUUACAAUAAAAAUGACGCUGCCAUGAGGAAAACGCGUGUGACCAUGAGCGUUUUUAUAGCCUCACUGAGCCGAAAUCAUGCUAAUUAUUAAGCCUUAACGCACAAAUAUUCAUCGGCUCUCUACGAUACUCCUCCAUUGUGAUAAUGCGUUUUCACCUCUAAUUUAUGCUCAAGUGUUGUUAAAAAUUGAUCACGAGCGACGACAUUUUUCUCUUAAACAAGUACAUAUUUGGCAAUUUUCAACAGUCGUUGAUAAAUUUUCGGCAGAAGAUUACUUGGGUCUGCCUGUGAGUACACCCAUUAUUUAUUUAAGCCUGUCUCUCAUGUAUAUUAGUCAGGAUAUUAAGAAUUUAUUGAUUAAGUGUCUUAUUACUUAAGCAUGUGUAAAGUUAAUAUGCCAUUGAGGGGAGAAGUUCGAAGAGUUGUAUGAAGUUUCAACAAUUAAUGCAUUUUUUCAACACAUUGUAUAAUUCUGUACGAUCAUGUUACUGAAAAUAAUUCAACACUGGCUGAAUCAGUUAUAUUUUAUGAUGGGAACAAUGACGAUUAAGCGAGUUAGUCGACAGUAACAGUGCAAUAGUGAAAAAACUACCGUAACAAUUAUGUCACUCAGACAAUUUAAAUAAAAAUUUAAAAGACAGUUAAGUAGCUAACGGCAAAGCUAAAUUGAUUGAUGAAAUUUGAGUGACAGUUGACCACUUUGAUGAUAUACUCUAUACAAUAAUUUUCCUACGCAUUAAGAUUUUUCCAAUGGGAAAAUUCAAUACUAGCGGUAAAAAGAUGAUGAAUAUAACUUGUAUUUGAAAUAAAAUAUGUCCCUAUUGACGUUCAAUGAGGACAAGUGCAUAGGGAGAAAGCACUAAUUUCAUUAA